AUGGGUCUAUACCUCGCCAGUCUCAUCAUCCUUGUCGCCGGCCCGAUCGCUUUCGAGAACAUCUCCUGGAAGUUCUUCUUCGUUCUCAUCGUCCCGACGUUCUUCCAUAUCAUUUUUGUCUACUUCAUGUGCCCCGAGACGAAGGGGAGAUCUCUGGAGGACAUCAACGCCCAGUUCGGCGAACAGGUAGCCAUCCACUACUACGGCGCCACUGACAAGGAGAAGAUGGAGUUCGAUGUCGCUGUCGAGGAAGACGAGAAAGUCGAUCAGACUGGCGAGGUCGACCGUAACGGUCUUACCAAAGUUGUGGCCGACCACACGCAUGUUGAGGAGGUGACUCACCAUAAGGUGUGA